UGCCUGGUCCCGCCCCUGGCGCUCGGUGCCGUGUCAAGCGGCGGCAGCAGCGUGCGGUGCCGUGCAGUGCGGUGCCGUGCGGUUCCACGGGCGGGCCCGGCCGGCAGCUGAGCGCUCGGGGCCGCACCUGUUGGCUCGGCCGCCUCCGUUAGGAGCAGCGCCCGACCCCGCCGCCAUGGCGGAGACCGAGGAGAGGAGCCUGGACGACUUCUUCGCCAAGCGGGACAAGAAGAAACGGAAGGAGAAGAGCGGCCGCAGCGCUACCGCUGCUUCCACGGCCUCCAGCGCUUCCAGCGCCGCCUCCAACGCCACCGGAGCGGCCUCUGCGGCCGGAGGACCCCGCCCGACCGACGGCGGCGCCUCGGGGGCGGCCGGCUCCGUCAGCGGCUCCGCCAAGAGCAAGGAAGAGGAUGACUGGAAAGAGUUUGAACAAAAAGAAGAAAUUGAUUAUAGUGGUCUUAGAGUUCAGUCCAUGCAAAUAAGUGAAAAAGAAGACGAUGAAAGUGAAAAAAGAGAAGAACCUAGUGACAACUGGGAGGAAACCAGCGGUGCUGUAGACAGAUCAUCUGGUCCUUGGAACAAGUCAGCUCCUGCGCCAGCACCUGUUGUUGAAACAAUUGUUACGGAACCCCCAGAGCCAGUUCAAACUGGUGGUGUAUACAGGCCACCUGGGGCCAGAGAAGGAGGCAGGCCACGAAGAGCACAGCAAGGGCCACCUGAAAUCUAUAGUGAUACACAGUUUCCAUCACUGCAGUCUACUGCCAAGCUUGUAGACAGUCGAAAGGAUAAAGAAAUGGAGAAGAGCUUUGAAGUAGUAAAACACAAAACUAGAGGUAGGGAUGAGGUGUCAAAAAACCAGGCACUUAAACUUCAGCUAGACAACCAGUAUGCUGUGCUUGGGGAUCAGUAGAGCUGCACACACAUUACAAUUAAGGAAUGCUUUUUUGGUAACCCUUCUACUAAGGUAACUAAACUACAGCUAACGGCUAUGAUGAACAUGCCACCUUAUUUCUGCUGGAUCUACUGCAGCAAGUGCAGAAUACUUUGACAUAAGUGAUCGGUUCUCCUGCGCUAUGGAAGCGUAUGUUACAACUUCUCCAUUGGAUAUGGGGCAAAUUAAUGUAAAUGAUUGAACGAGAGUCAUCGGUGUUCUUUAAUUGCUCAGAAAGAUACCUACAGCCAGUGGUCAUUUCAAAAUCUUUUUAUGUUCAGAUACUGAGCCUUCGUAAAGGUUGACUACCUCAGACUUGCUGCACUCAUUGUGGACACCAUGUGGAUCACAACUUCUGGAAGAGAAGGUUACAGCUGUUUUAGUGGCCAUCUGAAACUUGAAACCAGCUCUACUGGAUUCCUGUCAGAAAUCCUGCAGAAGUCAGCCAUUUGGUUCCAAUUUGCUAUAACAAAGAUUUAAGUGACCUUAAUGAAAAACCUAUCCUGUUCCCCUUCCGAGGAAUCCUGUCAUGUGUAGCCAUAGCCUACCAGGGACUUCUGGAGCAUACCAUACCACCCGUGCUACCCAAGUAUAACACAGAGCUGUAGUUUGUUUACCUUUUUAGAUAGCUGUACUGAAGCAACGGUGAAAUGAAUUAAAACUCAUUCAGUAUCAGAUUGGAGGAUUGAUGGGUUUGAAUGGUCUGUUUGUAUUAGCCAUUUUCACAGUUGUCUGUUUAAAUGUUCUUUUUUUUCCUAUUUUCCACCAAAAAAGAAAAAAAGCCUUUCUUGUUUCUGAUAUCAAAUUACAGUGUAUUUAAAUGACAGUGAAAUAUUACAGUGAAAUAGGAUUUUUUUUUUUUUUUUUAUCAUGAAGUUUGUUUUUUCUCACCCUAAGGCACUAAGAGUUUUGACACAGGUAUCCAGACUCCAACUAUAGUCUUUGGAAUUUGUCAUCUGAAAAACUCUAAGAUACAUGACAACAGUAAUACCAGACAGAAACAAACAAAUUGGCCUUUGCUAAGAAUGGGUAUUUGUCUGUUAAAGUGCCAUGGUUACUUUGCAACCAUGAUAACUUGUUGUAAGGAGGGAUGACUUUUAUGCUUGAUAAGCCUUAUUUGCUUGGCUAGUUUGGUGAAGCCUGCAGGCUUUUUGAGGCAGAAAUCCUCAAGGUAAAACUCAUAAAUGGUAUUUAAUAAAGCCAGAAUGUUGGGUAAGAACAGAAGGCUGAAUUAAUUUAGUGAAGGUAGGCGAAAUGGCACUAAGAGUACAGGACAUUGCCCAUAACUGGUUCAGUCAGCAAAAUCUGAUGUGUACCAAAAGUGUUCUGCUGUAACUUUUUCUCUUCUUAUGCCAGAAGGAAAAUGAAGUAACAAUAGUGGCAUGCUCCAGUGUUGGUGUUUCUGGGUAAAUGCCAAAAGGAAGAAAAAAAUAAGAAGACCCAACAUCUCUUUAAGUGUUGCCAAUGGCAAGAGAAACAAGGGAACAAACCAAAACUCGCUUGCUUGUGUGGGAGUACUGUGCAUUUGCAGAGGAUGAUGAUAGUGUGGGAGUUGCAUAGUUGGGUUCCUUUUGUCUAACUGCUGACUCGCUUUAAAUCUACUUCUCUGAGGCCAAUAGGAAUUUUGCUGUCGACUUUGGUGGGACAGGGUUUCACCUGGUUCUUCUGCGCACAGACUAAAACUGGCUUUGCUCUUGCAAAGUUGAGUCUUUAGAACUUCUGCUGGAAGCUGCUAUUAAAGAGAGGGCUCAAGAGACUCUUUUCAGUCGGAGACUUUGGAAACAACCCCGCUGAAAGACUGGUACCAAUACCUUGAGCUCUUAGUCAUGUAUCUUCCUUGAAAAUACCUUAUUGCCAGCAAAACUGUUGACAUGUCACUCAAGAUUUCUGUGGAAUUCAUGGUAAAUGGACACGUCACUUGAUGUGGUAGGAAUGUGAAAUCUUAAAGCGUUUUUUUCCUGAUUCUCUAAAGCGAUUGAAAUCGCCAGUGCACAUGAAUCAAGUUCUGAUCUACUGUAUGGAGGGUAGAUGAGACUGUCCAUUGUACCAUCUUUUGAGUUUUUGGGCAUGACUUCUGGCAGCUUAAGAAAACCCUGUAACAGCUUAAAACGUAAUAAAACGGAAAUAUACAUGGAUUCUGGAGUGUAAUGAAUCUUUACCUUCAGUUCUAGCUUAUAACCCUGCGACAGCUGAGUAAGUGCGUUGUAUUUGUGUCUCUUAAGGGGCAAACCAUGGAGCUGUGUAGUCAGCAUUCUGCUCAGGUAGGCCAUGUGCAGCAGCUUGAAGAAGUGCACAUCAAGGUGAACUCUAACACAGCAGCUUUGUUGGCCAGCAGUCUGAGUGUCUUCUGACUGCCACUGCAUAGUGCUGUUUUGAGACUGAAUUGACUGGGAAUGAUGCUUUGCCUAUGAAUUAUUUUGGGGGUCUUUUCUUAAGCAUAUCAUUCCAGAUUCUUUCCGGAGGCAUAAAAGGAGGGAAGAACAGCGCAGCAGGUUCCUGCAGUACAGAAUAUUAGGCUCCUUUAGUGUUGUGUUAAAUACCAUCGCUAGCAACUAUCACUAUGCCAGUUUUCAGUGUCUUCCUUAUAACAAUCGGCUCUUCUGUGUUCCUGAAGCUUUGGAAGUCGGUACUCUGUAGAAGCACAGUGUGCUUUUGAGACUGAGCAAACCCAACUUUCUGCUUUGUUGCUGCAGUCAUUGGAGGCAUGUAAAAAAUGCCAGUUCUGUUCCUUCAGAGUACUUCUGGAAGACUUCUGCUGUAAAUGAAGGAUUAUGAGUUGUAAAUGUGAGCUGCUCAAUAGCAGUUGGUAAAAUGUUGUGUAGCGCUUCAGGGACUUCAUAACAUGUAGUGUGCUUUAGUAGUGGAUUAUUAAUGUUCAUUUUGAAUGUUCGAUGUUACUUUUUGUUGUUUUUUGUGUUUUGUUUUUUUUUUCUUUAAACCACAGGCUUUGUAACUUAUUAAGGCCAUAAAAUUUGCAGCUUGGUAGGAGAACGUGUAUACGUGUGUUACUUAUGGGGAGAGGAGCAGUUCACAUCUGUGGUUCUUGGUGGUGCAGUGCUUAGAUUGCAUAGCUUUUGCCACUUAAAAAACAAAACAAAGUUGGACUUCCCAAGUGCCUGUUGUAGGAAUCUGGCACAUGUAUGCGCUUGAGCUAAUGAGAAAUGGAGGAGAGGAUCAGUUUUGUUGUUGCCCCUCACUGGUUUCAGUUGUGCUUUAUCUUACCCACAGGUGAAGGGAACAGCGGAGAAGUGGCCCUCUCCUGUUUGCCUCAGUUAUGUCUUUGCAGUUAGCUGUAGCAGUCAUGUCCAAGGUAACUUAAACUUAGGGAUAGCGGAGUUAUUAAAAGCACAAAUUGCAUUGGGAAUCUGAUGUUACAGGGGCUGAGGUGUUUUUUUUUUUGUGUGUUUAGCUGUAUCCAUUGACUUUCACCACAAGGCAGAUGUUUGUACGCUGUUCAGGUCAGGGGGAAUAUACUAAAUUGAUAAGACUUCACAUGAUGAAAUUUGCUUUUCUGGGCUUUUGCAAUAAUUAUAUUUAACUCUGUUUAUGCAGUGCUAGACUUGCAUGUGGCUUUCGGAUUCAGAAAGCAAGUGUGUAAAAGGGAACAGAGAAUCUGACAUACUAGCCAGUAAAUUUUUCAGGAAAAAAAAACCAAAAAGGCAUUUUAAUUUGGAUAAAGCAUAAGAAGCUGCAAGCUGUAGUAGGUGGGAGAAGACAAGCUUUCAUGUAAGGAUUUAAACUGCACCAUAGUAUUAAUAAAUCAUCAGAAAAAGAAAGUGCAUCUCAAAAGCAGAAAUGGAAAUGUGUCAUCAUGGUACAAUCGUAUGCAGCGAAGAGAAGCAAAUGUUCUGUAGCCAAAGCUCAGGGCCAAGAGAGCAGGGUUUGGCCUUGGUUAGUUUCACUUUGCCUCAGCUUCCCCAGCUGUGCACAAAAUACCUCACGAGGGUGCUGUGAGGCCAGAGGUGUUCUUAGAGCAAGUCCUGGUGCUGCAGAAGGGCUGAAAAUGGUUGUAAAAAUGUCCUUACAUUAGCUUUCAUUGUAGUAUUUCAUGCUACUCCGGAGAGAACUUAUUUUUACAGAAUGUAACCCAUGCUCUAGUCGAGUAUUACGUAAUUAGAUGGUUAUUUCAAUUAGCGUGGUCACAGUGCUCAGCCUGAACCUUGCCCUAAUGGGCAUUUCCUCUCUGGUUAACUGUGCAACCCAGAUGGUGUCUUAAUAUAAGGCUUUCUGUUUUUACAUGGAGUACCUUGCUGUAUUUUGUGAACCCCAUGGCUGAAAUAAAGUUCUGCUCAGAGCCGUCUCCUGUCGUGUGGAUGUUGUAAGGCUUGCUUGAAUUGCUAGAAAUGAGAUCUGUUCAACUCAUGAAAGCAUGUAGCUGUGUCAGGAUGCAGGGUGACAUGGUUCAGAACUAGGAGGGGAGGAGAGGAAUACAGAUGCAGAAGACGCUUGUUCUCUUUUCUAUUUCUGCUGUUCCAGCAGUUAAGUGCAGUGGGAGGAGCGUGAAGAAGUAGUAGUUAUGAAUUUGCCUUUGUGUGCUGGUGAUUUCAAGGUUCAUUGCACAGCUUUUACAGCAGGGCUCCAAAUAGCAGUAGAGAACACGAUGGUGGUAUGCGUGCUGACAGAUCAGACCUCUGGUGGGACAGGGCAGAGAUGAGGCCCAGCAGCUAUUUCUCUUACAGAUAUUUUUAUCAUUGUGGUACCUCUAACACAGUUGUUAAUGUGAAUCAGCCACGAUGAUUCUCUGUCAGAAGUGGUUACUGUUAGAUUUCAGCAGACUAGUGCAGUUCCUUUGGAGGGAAUGUUCAACUAGCAGAGUGAUGAAUGGUAAAGCAAAGCAUAGGAGGAUUUUUGAUGUAUGCAGGGUGAUGAUGAGUGGUAUUUUUCAUGCAGCAGUGAGGCCAACAGACUGGUAGCAGGCUUUAGAUGGCCUUGAGGAAUGUCCUGUUACAUGAUAAGUAGGAGAAUUCUAAUAUGUCUGUCAUCUAUUCCUUCCCAUUACAAAUAAGCUGCCUUGUUCUUACUGUCUCUCCCAGCUGAAAUUUAUGCUGCAAUACUUUUGCGUGCUGUUCUGUCCUGAAUACAGCCUAAUAUCUUAUCCGCUUUCUUGACUGCACAUUGAGCAGAUGUCUUCAUUGAGCUGUCUGUGAUGAUGCCUAGAUUGUCCUCUUGAAAGAUCACAACUAAUUCAGAACCCACCAGAGCAUGCACGAGUGGUUUAAAGCCUUUCCAGUAUUCAUUGCCUUUUGUUUUUCGUGUUGACAUUUGCUCGCUGCCAGGUUUACAACUUAACUUAUCCUGGAGAUCACCACUUUCUCUACUGCUGAUAAACCUAUUCAUUUUCUAUAGGCAUUGGAUUUUGCCAUCAUAAAUACAGAAGUCUUCGGAGUCAUGCAUGUAAUCCACUGUUCUUAUCGGUGACCAGCAUGGCACGCUCAUGUCUUUUUCUCAACCUCACCUUUUCUGUUUUGUUUCUUGUCCACCUUCUAUAUUGAGUUGUUCUUUCCAGCUCAGUUGUUACAGCACUGAAGUCAUCAAGCUGUAACUGCCUGCUUUAUUUCAAAUAUGCCUACACGGGAGCAUUAGUUACGAUGUUGCAUUUUCUUUUAAUCCAAACAAAUCAUUUGUUCUGUAUCUCUUUCAGAAUGUGCACAGUAACAAAAUGUUUCAAGCCAUAAAUACAGCUGAUAAAUGAGAGCAAAGGUAUUGCCAAGCAGGUAGAAUGUAUGCUAAUCUGAUCUCCGGGAGCAUAAAUUCAUUGGCUUCAGUAAUUGCUCCGUAUUCCUGUUGCUUGGGCUCAGUCUCAUUAAAACAUGAUUUGAGAUCUCACUAAAAUGUACGUAUAGCAGCCAGAACCCAGCACAAGAAAACACAGCCCAUGGCAAACGUACUUUAAAUUUAUGUGUUACUCUUUCCUUUGUUCAUGGCAGAGAUGAAGCAAUCAUAUUCAUUCCUUGCUUUGACCAAGUGCUCAGACAUGCCUGCUCUAAUGCAACCUGGUGGAGUGUUUAACUGGACACAGAAAUUAGAUGAUAUUUGAGAUGAAGGCAGUGCGGCAACACAGGGUCAGGCUCAGUCAUUGUGUCAUUCCAUCUCUUUACAUCCUCGUCUUGUAGGCUGAAGGUCACACAACUGUAAUAAGCCUCAGUCUUUUAAGUACUAAUUGCAUUUACCAGGACUGGAACAGAGUGGAGGUAGUACAGUGGAAGAAGACUCCAACUGUUUGGAUGUAUGCUUGCCUCGUAGGAGCUGUACUCUCAGUUUUGGAAUAUAAAAACCAGCUGCUUUUUGCUAUUAGACACCAUGUGUGGUUGAGAGGGUGAUGCCUUCUGUUAGGUGUUCUACCUACACUGAUUUCAAUAGUGGCUGCAGGAGACUGUAUCAGGUUUGUAGGUUGAAAGUGAGGUUUUUCUCCUAUCCCACCACCAAUUCCAGUUUGAAAGCAGAGGUAGAGCAGAAUGCAGUUCCUGAUGCCCUUUCCUACACAUCCUAAAAGACAGAGCUGUGCUACUGUGGAGUCCUGUGUUGGCCCUAAUGCCGCUUGUGUUACUUAACCACUCUGUACCCCCCAGGGCUGACAAGCUUCCACUGGCUGCGCUGUGUCUUUAGUCUGGGAAUUUAGGUAGAAGGCAAACUGGCUUUUUUCUUUUUAAGAGAUUUGCCUCUGCUCAGCUUUCCCUGCAGCUCAAACUACAGCACCAACUCUCUCUUAAGUAUUUGACCUUUCUUUUGUUCAGCCGUAUUGUUACCCUGCCAAGGAUCUUGAGCCAGGUACCUCAGUGACCAGUUAUUGAGAGAGCAGUUCUGUAAGCAAGAACUCAUGAGUCAGGAGCAUGCUGUAUGUCACCAGUCUAUGCUCCAGCACUGCAAAAUGUUUAUAUUAAUGAUAUCCUUGAGUCCUGAAGUAUGAAGUCUAGAUCCUCAAAGGCUCCGUGACAGCUCAUUCCAACAUAAUGCAGCAAAAUGAAAGGAGUAGCACUGGUCACAGUAAAACAGAUGAGCUAUGAGAAGGAAUGGAGUUGUGUGACUGGUAACUUGAACUAACAAGUGCAACCGCCUGAUCUGGACAGCACAGUCCAGCCUAUAGGGGUGGGUCUGGUUUUGUUCAGUAACAAGAUGACACAGCAAAAAGAACAGCAAGUAGGACUUCUGUAUAAAUGAAAAUAUGAAACUGAGUUUACUUUCAGCAAUGUACAGCACUGCCUCAGUACCAGGGCCAACUGGAAGUAACAAAGAUAAAGCCCCUUGAGCUCUUACAGCAGUACAAAAGAAAGGAGGAUACUGUCUGGCUGACUGGGAAAAGGGUUGGCCAGGAGCCCAUCCAGCACAGCUGAGUACAGGAUGAUCACUGUGUUGCCCCUCACAUUUAACACAGGAGCCUACUGGUGCCUGUAUAUUUAUAUAUCUUUAUAGUAAUAAUUUAAGUUCAAAACCUAAGCUAUGUAUAUAUUUUUUUUUGUCAGAUUUUUUUUACCCUGGUUUCCCUCUCAUGGUUUCUGCAUAUGCCGACUUCUGACUGUGCAGUGCACACCUCUGUUCUACUUUUGUCCCAUGUUCGAGUAAUGGUAUCAAACUCUGUAAAGCACUUUUGUGAUGUUUCCUGUAAAGAAAGCUGAAGAAAAUAAAUUUAUCUUAACAGCAGCAACUGAA